AUGGCGGGAGAAUCCGCGUCUUCCGCCGUCCCGCCUACUCCGCGCGACGAUGGCGGCGAUAGCAGCGCAGCGCGCGCCGCGCCGGAAGCUACAGCCCCCGCUCCCCAGGCAUCGGGAGCGCCAGGUGCACCUGGAGCGCCGGACGCGCAAGCGUCGACUGAGUCAGCAGAAGCGGGGGCAGAAGCGGCGGAGGACGCGGCGUUGGAAGCGGCGGUGGCGGCGCUUCCGUCGCUGCUGCUGACGCCGGAGCUGGCGGAGGCGGUGGAUCAUCCGGACGUGGCGGCGAUGCGCAGCCUCAUGGAGGAGACGCCCGAGGAGGAGGUCACGUGGCUGAGGGUGAGUGGUGGGCUGGAGUCGGGGGGUGCGCGCAGCGCUCGUCCGCGCGGAGAGCAGGCGAGCAGCGCUGGUGAAGACAGCGCGCGCGCGCUCUGGCUCGAGACGCGCGCAUCCCCCUGUUACGCCUCCUCCCGCACGCCCUUCAUAACUCACACUACACCCCCGCACACUCUCGCGCACCCCCGCGCAUCCCCGCGCGCACAUCCGCAGGAGCAAGGCAACAUAGCGCUGAAGGAGGGGCAGGAGCAGGGGCGCAAGGGGCAGCGCAAGCAGCAGCGACAAGCGUACCUCAAGGCCGUGGACCUUUACUCGCAGGCGCUCUCCGUGCGCGACGCGCACCCCCACGCGGACAUCCCCGCCUCCGCGGUGGCGGUGCUGCGCGGCAACCGCGCGCAGGCGCACCUGCUGCUGGGGAACCACGGCCACGCGCUCGCGGACGCCGCCGAGUCCAGCCGCCUCGACGCCACCAACGCCAAGGCGCCCUUCAGAGCGGCAAAGGCGUGCCUGGCGUUGAAGCGCUAUGCAGAAGCCAUCACGUGGUGCGACGCUGCUCUAGCGCUGCCCUGUGCUGCCCCAGCAGACCUGCUCAAGCUGCGCGGCGAAGCAGAGAGCAAGCUGGCCGUGCUGCAGGCUGCGGCAGCGCGCAGCACCGCCAUCCGCAGCAAGGCGGAGCGCCUGGCGGCGUGCAUCACGCAGCGUGGCGUGCGCAUGGGGCGCGCCGCGUACAAGGCGCUCAGCGGCGCGCGCAAGCCGUGGGUGGACGAGACAGGGACGGUGCACUGGCCGGUAGUGGUGGUAUACCCUGAAGUCAUGGGCAGCGAUUUGAUCGAGGACGCGUGUGAGACGGACACGCUGGGAGCGCACGUGCGGGAGAUGUUUGGUGCGCACACACCGCCACUGGAGUGGGACACAGCGGGGGCGUACAGCGCAGACGCCGUGCAGCUCUUCCUGCGCACCAGCGCCGUGCCUGCUGUUGCCAGCGCUGCCCUGCCACGCGCCCUGCUGGAGGACGCUGCAGGGCUGACGGACGAGGAUAACCAUGCCAUGGCGGGUGCGGGAGAGGACGAUGGGGAUGACGGGCCUGAUUGGUCGGAACCCUCCUUUUCCAUUCUGCCUUUCCAUCUCUAUCCCUUCCCUCCCUCCGAACCCCUCUCCCUUUCUCUCUUUAACUCUCACUCCUCGUACCGCAUGAAUGUCCCCUCGCAUGUGCUCGUCUCGCCACUAAAUUCACCCACAUGUGCUACCGCUGCAGCAUCUGGCGAGCAGCAGUGGGUGCAAGUGCCUCUCGACCAGCCCCUCGCCAAAGUGCUCACACUACCCAAUCAUAUCGUUCCAGGUGUCCCUGGUGAGUCGUCGUUUUGCCACUCAUGUGUUGCACUUGUGCUUACUUGCCUCCUCGCCUGA